CUCCCUUGGUUUCCGUGGAGACGCGUUACGGAAGGCGGAGCCACAGCACAGCGCUCUCUUCAUUGCUAAAUAUUCAUAGGCUGAAGGCCAGUGACGUCACAAAUCUCGUAAUCCAGCGUCCAAUCCUCGGGGCGCUUUGAGGACCCCAGCCUAUUAGAGACUAGAAGCGCCCAGGCGCAUGCGCAGAAUUGUAAGAUCAGCGGUGGGCGGUACCUCAGCGGUUGAGCCCAACAACAGCUCGGCGGCCAAGAUGGCGGACCUGGGCAAGAAGUACUGCGUCUACUGCCUGGCCGACGUGACAAGCCUGCGUAUCCGCUGCACCGAAUGCCAGGACAUCGAGCUGUGCACGGAGUGUUUCUCGGCGGGGGCAGAGAUUGGUAAUCACCGUCGGUGGCAUGGAUACCAGCUGGUGGACGGCGGUCGCUUUACUCUAUGGGGGCCCGAGGCGGAGGGAGGCUGGACGAGCAGGGAAGAGCAGCUGCUGCUCGAUGCUAUCGAGCAGUUCGGCUUUGGGAACUGGGAGGAUAUGGCUGCCCAUGUGGGUGCAUCCAGGACCCCCCAGGAAGUGAUGGAACACUACGUCAGCAUGUACAUUCAUGGAAACCUUGGCAAGGCAUGCAUCCCAGACAAUAUUCCCAACAGAGUAACUGACCACACGUGUCCUACAGGUGGCCCCCUGUCUCCCAGCUUGACCACUCCAUUACCUCCCUUAGACAUCACUGUGCAGGAGCAGCAGCAGCUGGGGUACAUGCCUCUCCGGGACGACUACGAGAUCGAAUACGAUCAGGACGCUGAAACGCUAAUCAGCGGCCUGUCCGUCAAUUACGACGAUGAUGAUGUUGAAGUAGAACUUAAAGAAUCUUGCGUGGACAUGUACGUCCGGAAACUGAAAGAGCGGCAAAGGAGGAAGAACAUAGCCCGGGACUAUAACUUGGUACCAGCAUUUUUAGGUAAAGAUAAAAAAGAUAAAGAAAAGCCUGCCAAGCGGAAAAUCUCAAAAGAGGAGAAGGAACUGCGAUUAAAAUUAAGGCCCCUCUAUCAGUUCAUGUCCAGUAAGGAAAUUGAGGACUUCUUUGAGAACAUGCACAAAGAACGAAUGUUGAGGACAAAGCUUCGAGAACUGCAGAGGUACCGGCGAAACGGCAUCACCAAGAUGGAAGAGUGCGAGUACGAAGCUGCCCGUCACAAACGGGAAAAACGGAAAGAGAACAAGAACACUGCGGGCUCCAAAAGAGGAAGGGAAGACGGUAAGGAGGGAGAGUUUGCUGCCAUCGAAAACCUUCAAGGUUUUGAGAUGUUAUCGGACAGGGAGAAGGUUCUUUGCAGCUCCUUGAACUUGAGCCCCACUCGUUACUUGACUGUCAAAACCAUUAUCAUUAAGGACCACAUUCAGAAAAGACAGGGAAUCCCAUCAAAGAGCCGUCUUCCCAGUUACUUAGAUAAAGUCCUAAAGAAAAGGAUUUUAAAUUUCUUGACCGAGAGUGGCUGGAUAUCCAGGGACGCCUCGUGAUGCUGUGUCUCCAAAUGUUGUUGUUUUUUUUAUAAAAAAAAUAUCUAUAAUAUAUAUAAAAGGACUUGUACAGAGACUGAAGCUUUACUAUACUUGUAUAUAUUUUUAAAUACACAUUGUUUUAUUCGUAUGGUGAUGUAUUUUUCACAUCGUGCAUUAGAAGGAAAGCUGCCGUUCUCUUCUCGUUACUAAAGAGGUGCUACCUAAUUUAUGAAAACGGCAAAACUGAACUAAAUGGGACACAUGGGGAAUAUAAAUGUGAGGCUCAACAUGCCAAGUACUAGUUAUAGUAGGGUUUACUUUUAUUUAUUGCAACCUUUGCUGUGCAGGAGUGGGAGAGGACAGCAAAUGGAGCGUUAUAUAGUAGAGCUUAUUGCAGAGCGCAAAACACAUACGGUCGUGUGCAUGAGGCCUAACUUGCUGGAGCCAAACUCCCUAUUGCUGCAGUGGUUGAACUCAAGCACACCCCAUGGUGGGACAGCUCAUCGCUCCUUUUGCUCGCCCUCACAAUGAUGUUGCCACCUAACGCUGAAUGACAUCCACGUUGUGACACUGGUAGGGUAUGGCCUCACGGGCAGGAUUAUCCGCUGUAGAUUUCACCCUAUGCGUUGCAAAGGGUGCAAUCUGCAGCAUAAAUGAACACACUGCCAAUUUUCUUUUUAACGCAGUAUGCAGAUGUGAUUUUAUUUUAACUUUUUUGUUAAUCUCAUCCACUUUGCUGCUGCUGUAAAAUGCGGCAGAUUUUCCACAUGCAAUUCCACUGUAAAAAAUCUGCAGCAUUUAUCUGUACACGGGGGUGCACCAGCUAUGUGGCUUUUUGUCUAAGGCACCAUGUUGCCCUUGUUGGGUAUUGCUUAGAUCAGGCAUGCUCAACCUGCGGCCCUCCAGCUGUUGCAAAACUACAACUCCCAUCAUUCCUGGACAGCUUUUAGCCUACAGAAGAGCAUGGUGGGAGUUGUAGUUUUACAACAGCUGGAGGGCCGCAGGUUGAGCAUCCCUGGCUUAGCGGUAACUGUUUUUGUGGACAGCUCUGCUUCUUAUACAUCACGAGUUCCACCUUCUACAAAGCACACUGUGACUUGAGGACCAAUGAUACCUUCAAGGUAAAUUGUGCUCGGCAAAGUCUUCAUCAGGUCGGAUGUCCAUUUCUCUCCACGACAUCGCCCCUGUGUUUUAACAAGAGAAUGUAUGUACCUCUUGUGGUUGGAGAAUCCUAACCUUUCAGUAUUAACCCUAUCGGCACUGAUCUUUGCACCAUAUGUAUUUUGGAACGCUAGUGGUCAUAGUAGCAGAUCCACGUGUUGUAGUUACGGGACAUCAUGAAGAGAACGUGACCAUAAAUGAGUUCAGUGUGCCAUAAGGGUAGCCAUCAGACCAGAAAAAACUUUUUGAGAAGAUCAUUGACCUCACUUUGCAUUUUUUAGGGGGUGGGGACUACUAAAUUAAGAGCAAUAAUUAUGCAUUGGUUAAGCUCAGUGAUGCCUCUUUUAAUUGGAUACAGGGCUGUAAAGCUGGCCAUACAUGAGAUGUCCAUCUGUCCCAUACACUUGCCUACUCAGCUUGGUGAGUGCAGGGAUUUAUUUUUAGUGGGGAUAGGGGGGGAUGUUGCUGCCACAUAUUGUUAGUAGCAUCCUAUCUGCUGCUGAAGCAGACGACCAGGCAUGCUACAAUACAAUCUUUACCCCUCCUUUCCCAUGACCUCUAGAAACGGGAGGCGGCCAUACCUGUUAUCGUAUAUGGCUAGCUUUAUACUGACUGUGCAUCUACCAGUUUUCUGGCCUCAUCUUGGUCAUGGCCAGAUUGACUUGUUAUACCUGAGAAAGACGUAUGCGCGUUCCUUGAUGAUCAUGACCAUUGUCCUAUUCAGGACCUCGCCUACCCUUUUAAGAAACCCAUUUAUUCCUUACCAGAGCCACGAUGAUCGAUGAAAUUGUUUCUAAUGGAAAAAGAGUCCUAAGUGGUCACAUUCUGUAUUGUCUUGUAUAUUUUCCUUGCCCUCCCCACACAGAAGAAAUCUUAAGGAGGCAGCAUUGCCCAUGAUUAUAGAAAGUCUAAGUAUGUAUACAGUGUGCAUAUCAUAUUUAUUUAUUUUGGUUAAUUUGUAAUUAUAUGUACAGAUUUUUUUUUUUUAACUUUUUUAUUUUUGAAUACACUUUUUAGUAGCAGCAUACCGUUUUCUAAUAGAAUGCCAGAGGGGGGAAGCUCCAGUGAGAAAUAUAAUGGCGCCGUGCUAUGCAAUGUCCAUUAGAUUGGAAUCUUCCUGGAUGUCCUUUGCCCAUAAUAAAUGAUCUGUGUGCAUUGAUAAUCAAUAAUUGAAUAUUUCUAAAUGAUUGUGGAAAUAAUCUGUUGUACUGCAUAUAUUCAGCUAUUGGUUGGAGACUAGUGCAUUUCCUGUUUAGUUUAAUUUUGUGCAUUAUGAUGGCUGGAUGUGUGCCAUAUGUCGGUGAGGACUACAGCGAUCCUAAAAGGUUUCCCCCUCUGGCUUGGUGCCAUGAUUGUCAAAAGACCAGUUUUUGAGUCCGUACUUGGCUAAGAAGAAUAUGGUUGUGUGUGUAGAUGGUUUUCUGCCCAAAACUUUGUAGAACUAAUUUUACCUGUUGAGAAAUACAUUUCGGGGCUACUCCGUGAUGUGACCUACUGACCUGCCCUGAGACUUCAGAAACUUCCAUUUAUCUUUAUCAAGUAGAGCCUGAGGCAUCACUUAUAUUGAAAAUUAGUCUUGGAACCCAUUUAUUCCGCAGGAUAUCUACGAUCUGAGCCCUCGAACGCCUGUAGAGGUCAGUAGGAUAAGUGUGUUGAGCUUGAUAUAUGAUGCCCUCCAAAUUAAAAGGCAUCUGUCAGCAGUUUUGUACCUGUGACACUGGCUGAUCCGUUUGUUACAUGUGUACUUGGUAGCUGAAGG